UCUUCGUGUGUGCGACCGUUCAAAAACGUGCCAGAGUUCAAGCCGAUCGGACGUGCCCAGCGAGUGUGGUGUAGUAGCAACACAAUCCUGCCUCAAGCAACUGUGACUUUGUUGCAUCUGCCCUGCCGCCUCUAACCUGCUGCUGAUAACAAACAAACAAACCCACCGGGCAACAUACCGUGACUCAGCGUGGAAAGAAAAGGCUUUGUGAGAAGAUACGCAUCAUGAUGAGCAGCAAGUCGGCAGCGAUAAUUCUUCUAGCGGGAGCCAUUUGUUUCACCCUGAUGCCAAGCGUGACCCGGGCAGCUGAGUUCGCCAACUGUGCUAAUGAAACGGCCAUCGGAAAGUAUACCCUGGUGGAGGUAUCGAACUGUGCCGACACGGAUGCGUCCUGUGUUCUGAAGCGCAACUCCAACGCCACCAUCUCCAUCACCUUCACGAGCGCCGAGGACUUGUCGGAACUGAAAGCGGUUGUGCACGGAAUCAUUCUCGGCAUGGCGGUACCGUUCAAGCUACCAAACGACAACGGAUGCAAGGACAGUGGGCUCGAGUGUCCGCUCUCGAAGGAUACCAGCUACCGUUACAGUACCACCCUGCCCGUGCUGAAGCAAUAUCCCAAGGUGUCCGUCGAGGUAAAGUGGGAACUGAUGGCAGGCGAUAAGGAUGUGCUUUGCGUGCUGAUUCCGGCCAAAAUUCAGUAAACGGAAAGGGGAAAGUAACCCGAAAAGCAGCUCGAAAUUCUACACCACCAAGCAGGUCAAGCACGUGCUUUGCGACGCUUAUUCGCUCUAUUCCGGUCCGGUUCUGGCGAUGCAAAUGGACGGUCGCCGUUACGAAUCUUGGAUGCAUUAGAAGAUAAGAGGACCACACCACUAGCAGUCUAAACCCCCGGAUGAUUUCACAGCUGCCUCACAAGCUCUCACUUUUCCCUUCGAUCCGGAUUCUUCUGUCCCGCCACGCCAGCUGCUGCUAGGUGCCAAGCUGCUCCUUAAUCCGUUAAUUAGAUUACAAUUGAACGUCGUGUAGUAGCCGUCAAUCUAAUAAACAUCAGCCCAACAGUUUUACAAACGCCGA